AUGCCUGUACAGGGUGUGCCUGAUGACGACAAGCCUGAACAGCAAGAGGCUAAAGCCAAACGUGGCCUCGAGGGCGAAGGCCAAGACACACUGGCCACUCCGGCCAAUCUUCCAGUCGCCGAAUUGAUGGAGACUUUCACCAACGUGUCGCUGACCACAUCGCCGGACGCUCGGCUUAUACUCGCUUGUUCUCGGCCACCGGAAGGCGAGACUUCUGCAGUCAUCCGCCUACCUCACAGUGUCGGUGGUUGGGACAUGGUUGGCGUGGUGCAGCGCACAGUCGACGUGGAUUUUGCCCUUGUCAUCCCCUUUUCGAUUCCGCACCCUCAUCGACCUCCCGAGAUCCUUCACGGACAAGCCCAGUGUAGGAUUUACUACGACCCGAGCAGUGACGACUGCCUGCUGGUCAACGAGUCACCCGGUCCCAUCUACCUGACCGACCUGGGCCCGUCUGGCGGUAAAACUAGACUGUCACCCACUCAGCGUCGCAUGGUUUCGCCCGGCCUCUGGAGAAUUUCGGUGGGUGAUGGUGGCGACAUUCGGCGACACCUGGUCGAUCUCUUGCUAGUCCGAAGGCAGUUUGUUGUUGAUAUCGCCGAAGCGCCACGAGACACUCCUACCUCUGCCAAGCGGCUCGCCUCCGGUGAUGAAGAGGAGCCGGCAACCAAGCGCCAAAGACGAGAAGCUGAUGUGUCUGAAAUCCUACUUGUCCCCACUGUGUCUGGCGGUGCUGGCCUACCAAACAUAUCCGGGCUCAAUGCAAUCACCAGCUCUCCCAAUGCCGCUGUACUGACUACUGCGGCGACGCCUGGACGUCAAGUCAUCCGAAAACACGGCGCCUCAGUUCUGGAUCUGUUAGAUGGGGAAAUAGCCAUCAUCAAGACGACACAGCCAAAAAACCCUGAGAUGAAAGCGGCUCCUCUUCCAGUGGUAUCCAGCCGAACGUCGAGCGCCAGCAGCCCGGCCACGUACGAACUGGGACGGUUCGGAAGCAUCGCCGACUCGCGUUCUUCCUCCGUCUUUGUGGCUCAGCACUCGGAAAUUGCCGAAAGGAUUGUAGCGAAAAUCGUCAGAUACGAAGGCAAGACCGCAAACGACCUGGCCAGCUGCGCAAGGAGAUGGCGUACGGAAAAGAGUUUCCUGGAAAAGCUGCGUCAUAGAAACAUCGUCUCGCUGAAGGCGUUCGAUGGCCGCAUCUUUGCCUUAUAUAUCGAGCGUCUCCCGCCAUCUCUUCACCGCGGCAUGCACUCGCCAUUCCACCCGUCCGAUGCUGCCGUCAUUCUCCGAGAUGCCCUCUCCGCACUCGCUUAUCUCGAGACCCAGCAGAUCGUUCACAACGAUAUCAAGCCAGCGAACAUUGCUUAUUCGCCCCAGCGUGGCGCCGUCCUCCUUGAUUUCGAAAUGGCCAGGUUUGUCCAUGACAAUGGUCCUGUUGGGGGAACACCGUGGUACAUCCCGCCCGAGUUUGCCGAGAAUGGGAUGCGUGGUGCCCCUGGGGACAUGUGGGCGUUAGGGAUCACGAUGCUAUACGUGCUUGGGAAGAUUUCCCUUCCCGAGAAGGCAGUGGCUGGCUGGAUGAUCCAUCAGGUGGCUAAUAAGCAUGGAACAGCGUAUCGUCAAAUGAUGGCUUGGGUGGACUCGGUGACUCUCGUGAGGCAAAGGUUGAACCGGGAAGAUAGCACGGAGCGGGUGGUGGACCGGAUGCUGGAGCAGAAUCCGGGAUCGAGAAUCCGAGCCUCCCAGGCUUCAGUCACUCUCAUUAGCGGUGGGAAAGACGUUGCCAAAGGUUCCUGA